UGGCUGCCCAACUUUCGUAACGUUCACAGAAAAUCAAUCAAAAACUACAUAAAAAUAAAAUUGACUCAGUUAUCAAUUUAUAUUUAUUAACAUCACGUCACUCAUUCACUUCGCACCACUCGGCGAAGAAGGUCGUGUUUCUUUCCGCAGUGAUAAUAAGUGAUUAAAUUCUUAGUUUGAUUGAUAUCAGUUUUAGUUAUCGUUUAAUUUGUUACCACACAUAUUCGGACCUACGUGCCGCUACCUGGUAACGAAGAAGGUGUUUUUCCUCAAGUGAAAUUUGGGGUUUUUUUUUUCCUCGUGGCCAAGUGAAAUCGGGUGUGCAUUGUUUUGAAACCACCAGCAGCACACAUUGUUUGCUUUUGUUCGAGGGAGACCAACAAAGCCACGACUCCGGCUACCGUCGGUCGGUGCUUCAGCUGAGUACAAACAAAAGGAUCGAUUGCAAACUGUACUUCCUCUCAUCCAACGGGUUCCUGAAGAAGGCUGGCCAGAAGGUUGGAAACCGAUACCAUGCAAACCGUAGCUACCGAAACCACAGCUAAAGGAGGCCACCACCGGACCCUAAUGGUAAACUGAUUCUGAAGAAUAACGCCUAUAAAUCCCUUCCUUUUUCCUUGUUUAAAGUUUUUUUUUUCUAACUGUUGAGUCGCCGCGACUAUUACGGCCCCCUUCCUUACUAACCAGUGAAACGAAUACCCUCGGCACAUUCAAACUUUGUAAAAGUAAAAGGCCUUUAAUAAACUAGUUGUAAAUUAAAAAAAAAAAAAACAUUUCGGAACUUGUCACACGAUUACUACGGCUUCCUGCUGUGUCAUUUCCGUUUUUGAAAGUAGUUUCACCAAAAAUUGCGAUACUUCCAGUGUAAUACAGUACCCUAUUCAGAACAACGCGCUUCCCCAUACUUGUAUGCAACUGUAACGUAAUGGCAUACAAGCUUCCUGAAAAGCGUAACGCUGCUGCAAAGCGCGGAGGAAUGUAAACAAAACAAAAAUAGGUUUUCAUGUGCAGUUCAAUGUUUUUCAGUGAUUAAUCGAAAUGGACGAAAAUAAAACCGAUAAUCUCCAGCUGCUCAGAGAGUUCUACAAACUAGGCUGCAAAGAUGAAAGCCUCUGUGCGGCAGCCUGUCGGACAUACAUUCACUUGCAGAAAGAACGCAAAAUGCGGGACGUAGAAUACCACUACCACGCGGACCUGGACAUCAUCUAUCUGCGGGCUCGCAAACCCCCCGAUCCCGUGGAAUGCACCGACACCUACAUCCCUGUGGUGGCUUCCGGUACAGACAAAAAUCUCCCACUAGCCGCACUGGAACUAUGGCAGAACGAAUUGGGACGUGUUGUACCUAAUUCGGAGGGUGAAAACCGAGGCGAUGACGAUGACAAACCUCGACGUUGCAUUGUGCUAGCGUUCUGUGAUACCAGCUCCAACGUUUUGCUGUACCGCAUGACCCAGGGCACGAAAAGUUUGGUACAGAAACCUCUCUCGAAAAAUAAACAAAGAAAAAUGAAAGAAGCGGAAGGUUGCAGUUGGACGAAUAAAAAAGUUGAGUGA